AUGUCCUCCGCCGUCGAAACAACCGGUCUCCCGCACCUCCGCGUGUCCGCCGCAAAGUCCCAGGAACAAACCCCGUCGACCAGGAUUCCUCCUGCGGAAGUCUCGGCCGUGGAAGACCAGUUUUUCUGGACAUACACCGAGGAGCCGCAUCGGUCAAGACGACAGGCAAUCAUCAAGGCCCAUCCGGAGAUAUGCUGCGCAUACCUCCUGCGAAACACCUCCAUGCUGGACUGGCGCUUCAUCGCCACGGCCUACGUGAUCGGAGCCACCGCCAACCAGAAUAUCUUCCUGGCCAUCCACGAGAUCUCCCAUAACCUCGCCUUUCGCUCUCCCUUGGCCAACCGUCUCCUGGCCAUCUUCGCCAAUCUCCCCAUCGGGUUGCCCUAUAGUGCCGCCUUCCGGCCCUACCACCUCACGCACCACAAAUCCCUCGGCGUCGCCGGCCUCGACACCGACCUCCCCACCGCCGUCGAAGCCUUCCUCCUCGACUCCCUCCUCGGCAAGGCCUUCUUCUGCACCUUCCAGAUCCUCUUCUACGCCCUGCGCCCCAUGUUCGUCUACAGCCCGCCCUUCACCCCCAUCCACGCCCUCAACCUCCUCGUCCAAUUCUCCUUCGACUACGCCCUUACGCGCCUGAGCGGCGACUCCCUCCAGCCGCUCCUCUACCUCCUCCUGAGCUCCUUCCUCGCCGGCUCCCUGCACCCCUGCGCCGGCCACUUCAUCGCAGAACACUACUUCUUCUCGCGCGUCGACCACGGCACCGAGCCCAUCGCCGAACAAAACAACCCCAAGAAGACGGAGAAGAAGACAGACCACCCGCUGGACGCCCUCCCGCCCCCGGAGACAUACUCGUACUACGGCCCGCUCAAUUUCUUCACCUACAACGUCGGCCUGCACAACGAGCACCACGAUUUCCCCGCCGUCCCAUGGACGCGUCUGCACGAGCUGCACCGCAUCGCGGCUGAGUUCUACGAGCCCCUGCCGUGCCAUCGCAGCUGGGUCUGGGUUAUCUGGACGUUCAUUCUGGACAAGAAUGUCGGGCUGUGGUGUCGGGUGAAGCGUGCGCAGGGCGGCCGCAUCGUCGGCGGGGGCGGAGCUGAUAAGAAUCGGAAUGGACGCGCGGGCGAGGGCAUCUCGGCGGAGUCGGCUGGUCCGGAGGAGUCGGGUGAGGGGUGGAAGGAGAGUGAGAUUCAGUGUUGA